AUGAAGAAUGAGUAGUUAGAGUUACUUAAAUUUCAUCAUUAAAAUAAUUAGAUUUAAUAAUUUGAUUCAAAUAUCAAAGAAAAAAUAGCGAAAUAAACGAUUGUAAACAAAAAAUAUAAGGAUCCAAUAACAUAUACAAAAAUUAGAGAAUCUCUUUUAGAAAAAGUCGUAUUUAUGCAAAUUUUUUAAUAAAAUGAACUCAUUCAAGACAUUAGAAGAUUAUUAUAAAUAUAAUUAAAAAUAAUUGAGAGAACAACUAAUCAUAAUAGUUUCUAUAACCAGCUGCUGAUUUAAAAGAAAAAAAAAUCUUAUAUUCCUAAAUAAAUUGAAUAUUGA